CCUUUUAGUUCUUCUAUUUCUCCUUUUCCAAAUUUAUAUUUUGAAGAAAAUUGUCCUUUUUUUUGUUUUAUGCAAAUUUUGUUCUUUUGGGUACCGAAGUUGUGAUGGUUAUGUCUAGUUCAUGCUUGAAUUAUGUUGUUUUUGAGUUAUUUUUAAGUUGGGAUUGGUUAUUUUAGCCUUAGGUACUACUUUUUUACGUUAUCGAUAGAUGCAUUUGUGAGAAUAGAAGGAUUUACUACAUUUUUAAGAUGACUAAUGAAAUCCAAAUAACAAAUUUUGAUGCCAUUAACAAUGUUCUUGUAGAUGUAAUUAUUAAUGUUUUUAUUACUAGUAUAAUUUCUUGAUGAAAGAUGCCUACUGAAGCACCCGCCACCAUGGAGAUUGAAACGGUGCCUUUGCAACCUAAAUCUGAAUCCAAUUCGUUGCCCCCAAAGCCAAAAUUUGAGCCUCUUAAGGCUCAUGAGAUGUCAGACGGUCGAGUCCAGUUUAGAAAGGUCUCAGUUCCACCUCAUAGGUAUUCACCUCUCAAGAAAUACUGGAUGGAUAUCUAUACUCCAAUUUAUGAACAGAUGAAGAUCGACAUCCGUAUGAAUCUCAAAGCUAGGAAGGUUGAAUUGAAAACUAGACCAGACACACCUGACAUUAGUAAUCUACAGAAGUGUGCAGACUUUGUCCAGGCUUUCAUGUUGGGUUUUGAUGUUGCGGAUGCCAUUGCUCUUUUGAGAUUGGAUGAGCUAUAUGUGGAGUCCUUUGAAAUCAAGGAUGUCAAGACACUUAGAGGAGAGCACUUGUCUCGUGCCAUAGGAAGGCUGUCUGGGAAAGGUGGUAAAACAAAGUUUGCUAUUGAGAAUGCUACAAAGACUAGGAUUGUCAUUGCUGACACCAAGAUUCAUAUCUUGGGAUCUUUUGCCAACAUCAAGAUUGCUAGGGAUUCUCUUUGCAGCCUCAUUUUAGGUUCUCCUGCUGGGAAGGUUUAUUCGAAACUUAGACAAGUUACUGCUAGAUUGGCAGAAAGGUUUUGAUCAUUGUUAUUUGUAUUAUGUUUGAGAUUUUGUUCCUGAGUUAUGCAUUUUUAAAGGUCAUCCACAGCGAGUCAUUGAAAAAAGUAAAAAACGAAAAACAAGUUCAUCAACAGGAUAGAGUAUUCUUUGGAGUGUAAUCUGUGAUGAAAUUUUGACAGGAAUGCAUUGAAUGAAUUUUCUGUAAACAACCUUUAUAAUGUUUCCUUUAAAAUUUUACAGUGAAAUUUAUGUUAUUGAUGUGGUUUUUGUAUUCUUUCCUUGGUGUUGGUGCAUUUGUAUUUUAGUAUAAGACCUAUAAAAUUCUGUCAGGUGGCCUGUUUCUUAGCUAUUUCAGAUAUUGAUAUGGGACAAACCUGGCGUGUCCUACCAUGCUAGACUGCAAAUCAUGGUAGUAUAAAGAUGGAAAACUAUUGGAAACGAGGAAAAAAAUCAGCAAAGAAAUAGAAACUUAGAAUAGGUAUGAAGGUGGGAUAGAAGGGUACUUGACAGUUUCAUGGGGAUCAACAUCGAAGCUAAGGAUACGUUCAUCUGCCUUUGUUACAGUAAUUCUCAUCCUGGCCUUGGUUUCGUAUCUUCUUUUCUCUCUGUGUGUGUUUUUUCUUGUUGCCUGUUGGUUUUGGUUUAAUUUAAUGUAAGAAAGUUGGGAGGUUAACAAUAUUACUAGUAAUAUAAGGGAGAGGACUUUACCUUGUUUCAAUUGGACUUGUUUUAUAUUUAUUUCUUGUCCAAGAGUUUCUGUUCUGUUCUCUCUUGCACUUCGUGUCGAAGAAGAGAAACAAGUGCAAAUGAUUGCCUACACUGGGGAAGCUGAUUUAAGCGCUUACAUGGCAUUUUGUUAUCGGUUUGCUUUAAAUUAAUAUUAACAUGCUACUAUUUUUUCGGUGAGGGGGGGUUUGUUGACACUUGACUGUGAGGUAGCAAAUAGAGAUUAGAUGGAUGAGCUAUAUAGAACUCCUUUUUACUAUUCUAAACCUUUUCACAUCAGCUCUGAGUUCGAAAUUCAAAUCAUGGUCAACUUCUGAAGGUUUACUUUUUGGUUCAAGUUAUGGAUGGACUUUAAUUUUAGGUGUUUUGGAUGGUUUUUUAUGGUUUGAUGAUGAUAACCAUCUUAUUUUGCCAUAGCAAAGUAAUUACAUUACAUAUGCUUGAAACCUCGUACAGUCGUAAAAAUUGAUCAAUUAAUGGAACUAUGGAAUGCCCAAACACUCUCCUCACUUCAAAAUAAGAUUGGUACUGACUAAUGACAUAUGGUGUUCGAAGGCUAAGAAGAAGGUGCUCCAUGGUUCAUUGGUUCUUAUCGUUUGAGCAUCUGGAUAAAAAGCUUCGCUAGGCCAUAGAGGCUCUCACAUGAAUCUCACGCCAAUGCAGUGAGUGAAAGCAAUUGUCUUACUAAUUUUGUUCCAUUCUUUCAUGUAGGUAAGAGAUAAGACCUGUAGCAUUCUGCUAUCCUUUUCUGUUCCCUUGUCAGCCCAAUUUUCUUUUUUUUUGUUUUUAUAUAUAAAAAAAGAUAAAUUGACUAUACAUUUUCACAGUUUAGGUCAGAUUUCUCUGAAUCCAUCAAAUCUUGAAUGUUUGUUAAGUUUGGUGGAGUCAAGGCCAACCAUUCUUCGAUCUUGCUUGUAAAGAUUAUUCAGAAUUGGUACACAAAAAAAAAAUCAAUUCACAUAAAAGAAACAAGGAAAACAAGAUUCAUAGUUGAGAAAGAUUACAUCUUUAAAUUAAAGACAAAUUCAAGAAACUAAAUAUAAGCAUCAUGCAACAUUACUUUUGAAAUAAACAAAUAACAAUAGAAUGAAA